GCCCCACUAAAAAGUAAUCGCCAACAACGCCCCAACAAAGGCGCUUGCCCCCCCCGAAAGCGCCAGCGACACCGCUGAACAAAAGCUCUCACCAGUUUUUUUCCGUCUUCGCCUUCUCCUCCUCAUCGCCGUCAGCACGACAUCAUCAAAGCUACGGCUGCUGGCGUUUUCCCUGCUCGACUCAAUUGACGCGCUCGCACUCGCCGAUUCCUUGAAAUUCUUUUCCCCAUGGCCGCCCUCACAUCUGCGUGCCGCGCCUCCGCCAGGCUCGUCGGUGCCAGAGUAGCUGCUACUCGCAGCUUCUCCAACUCCGCACGAUGCCUCGCCGCCCAGAACUUCGUUAUGCCCGCCCUCUCCCCGACCAUGACCGAAGGAAACAUUGCUAGCUGGCGGGUCAAGGAGGGCGAGGCCUUCAGCGCCGGCGACGUCCUCCUCGAGAUUGAGACCGACAAGGCCACCAUGGAUGUUGAGGCCCAGGACGACGGCAUCAUGAUGAAGAUUAUGUCCCAGGACGGCUCCAAGGCUGUCCCUGUGGGCGCCCGCAUCGCCGUCCUCGCCGAAGCCAGCGACGAUAUUAGCUCUCUCGAACUCCCUGCUGACGAGCAUGCCGAAAAAGCCAUUUCUUCCGGAUCCGCCCAGACGACCGAGUCCAAGCCCGUGGAAGCUGUGGAGUCCAAGCCCACCAAGCCCGUCGCAACGGCGGCCGGCUCCGGCACCUACGAGCACAAGUACCCUCUCCUGCCCUCCGUCGGCCACCUCGUCAAGGGUAACGGUUUGACCGAAGCCGAUGUUAGCAAGAUUGAGGGCACCGGCCCCGGUGGACGUCUCCUCAAGGGCGAUGUUCUCGCCUACCUUGGCACCAUCAAUGCUGAUGCUCCCGCCGCUGUCUCUGCGAACUUUGAGAAGCUCGCCCACCUCGACCUGAGCAACAUCAAGGUCGCUGCACCAAAGGCUGCGCCCGUUGCGGCUCCCAAGGCCGUCGAAGAGGCUCCCGCUGCCCCUGUCAACCUCCCUUUCGAGAUUAACGUCCCCGUCUCGCUUGCCAAGGUUGUCGAGGUCCAGAACAAGAUUCAGGACACCCUCGGCGUCUUCCUGCCCAUCUCCACCUUCAUCACGCGCGCUGCCGAAAUCGCAAACAACGAACUUCCCCUCGCCCAGCACGAGCCUACCGCUAGCGAGCUCUUCGAUGCUGUUCUCGGACUCGACAAGAUCAAGUCCUCCAACGGCAUGUACAUUCCUCAAAUCUCCGCUAUUCCUCCCGGCACCCGCUUCACUCCUCGCAACACCCGCCCAGCUAAGCGCGAUCUGAUUGACGAGCUUGCCGGUACUCCCAUCCAGAGACCCAGCCCAAUGGUUACUGUUCCCACGGUAGCAGGCCUGUCGAGCGGCGCCAACGUCUUCUCGCUCGUGGUGCCCCAAGCAGAGGCCGAGAGAGCCCACGUCUUCUUGCAGCGCUGCAAGGUGAUUCUUGAGGAGGAGCCUGGACGUUUGGUAAUGUAAGACAAAAAACGGCGAAGGCAGACAGUUGUUUUUGAAUUUUGUAAAUUAUAUCACGUGCAAAUUAGACUCUUUAAGCAGUAAUACCAAGCAUUAUUUCCACCUAUUACGCCUAUGCCCAUCCCAUUGACAAGUUGCCCAAUAUACAAAAACGCGCCAAACGGCUCCGAUAUAGUUCCAUUGCUCGCCCGUCUCUUUUCCACGCUCAUAUUAUUCCCUUGCAUCCCUCUAGCUCCAAUUAUUUUGUAUUCAAGCUGUUGCUUAUCGCGAAAAGUAGGCAGUGGCAAGGCCAAUCAGUCCAGGAACACCCUGAACCAACAGGAUUCGGCUCGACGAAGUCAAUCCGCCGUACAGGCCGGCAACAACAACAGUGCCGUUGAAGAAGAGCUGGAUCUGGCGCGAAAAGUCGGCGACGGGGUGAAGCAGGCCCCAGACGAGGCCAGCAGCAAGGAAGCCGUUGUAGAGGCCCUGGUUGGCGGCGAGGACCUUGGUCUGCUCAGCAAACUGCGCCGUGAGGCCAAACGAGCGGCGGCCGCGGGGCGUUGUCCAGAGGAACAUUUCCAGCGCCAUGAUGUAGACAUGGAGAGCAGCGACGCCGCCGGUGGUGAUGGUGGAGAUGGAGACCAUUGUUGAAGAAGCUCGACGUGUAUGUGUAUUUUUGCUGUGUAGACGGUAGAGAAAGGUCGGGGACGGGGUUCUGGAAGCUAUUUAUUUUUUCCGCCGAGGGUAGCAACAGAAGCACGAGCAAGGUGAGACGGACAAGGCUAACG